AUGUCUCACAGAAGAAGCCGCAGUGGAUCGCCGUCUGGCCCUGUUCGCUCAUGCACCAACAGCCAAAAUCCCCGCGAUAUGGAGAGGAGGAUUUUUGUGGGGAAUUUGCCGACGUCACUGAUGGACAGGAAGGACAUGGAGGAUCUGUUCAGUCCCUACGGGAAGAUUCAUGGUUAGUACUUAGGCUACCUACUAGGAAGGAACACACAUUUCAUCCUCAAUUUUUGAGCAUCAUUCGUCUUAUUGAAUUUAAGAAGUCAUAAUUUUUUAAAAUUAGCUCUUAUCUAGCCAAAUUACGAUUUGUAUUGUUUUUGGUUACAAUGCAGUAGCCUAGUAUUAAACUUGCCCAAGAUAAAGCUGUGAUCAAUUCAAAUGUAGAUUCAGCUUAAAGAAUCACAACAUUUUGGGGAUAAAGUUUUGUAACCUUGAACCUAAUUCUGAACAUUGUACAUUUUCUAUUUCAAUGCAUAACUUAACUUUUUAUAAUCUCACUUAAACUACCCCUUUGCUUUAACUUUCAUACUUCGAGGAGCAAUUAAAAAAAAAAAAAAAAAAAAUGGCCCUUUUUUCCUUAUAUGAAAUCAAAACAACAAAUGUUCCUUUUUCCAGCCUUGUCCAUGUUCCAAGGGUACGGAUUUGUGCAGUUUGAACGUGUUGAGGAUGCAGAGGCUGCAAAGGCGGGACAAAAUGGUCGCCCUUAUAAAGGUUAUAAAAUAGGUAAGAGUUCACUGUAUUAGAUGUGACUGUCCAGCUAAGAGGAGCAAUUUUGUCAUGGCGUUCCUGUCACUGGAAUGCAGAGAAUACGCUGUACGAUAUUAGAAGGAUUAACUCAUCCCAGAUCAUUUGAUAAGAUCCGAGUGAAAUCUUAAGGUUGGCGGCGAGGACCUGUCCUGUCAUUGCUUGUGCAGUGUGACAAGUAAUGUGUUCAAAUUCCCUAAAAAAAAAAUACUGCACUAGCCAAUAGAAACGCAUGGUGAGCGGAUGACCUGGUCAGCUACGAAGACUUGUGCAGUAGAGGGAAACAACAAACACAGCUUUACCAAGUUUAAAAAAUGUAAUGACAGACUAGAACUAUUCUGUUUGUCCAACACUGUCAAUAUUUGCUAUAAUAAGGGGUUUGCCCAUCUCUUUGAAAUCACAUAGCAUAUAUCAGUUUAAUAUUACAGUAAUCUCGGUUAACCCAGAACUGAUGUCUUGCGUAAUUGGUCAGAUGCUUGAUUUUUAAGUUCUGGGUCCAAGAGAUUUGGAACCGUAACGUUGAGCUCCACCCUCUCGUCGCAAGUUACGGGCAAAUCUAUGGGCCAAAUGCCCCAUCCCCUUCUGAAAUUUGAAAGAUGCUAACACCUGCAAAAUCAUGAUUUGUCCAAGGCAGCAGAACUAAUGCCUGCUCGAUAUCUCACGCAUCCUGUUAUGACAGAUCUACGGUACCAUUUUGUUUACGUAGUCUCUCCACGAGAGAUUAAACAUAGUUAAACUGUAGGCCUAUGUUGUGCAGUGUGGGGUCUUCCACCACGCAGCAUGUAUACUCUUCUGAAAGUGUUAUGUCAAGGUUUAAUCGCUGUAAUAACAUUCAGUGGCUUAUUUAGACAUUAGGAUUUUAAAUUGCUCAAUGUAUUCCCGGCAGAAGCCCCAGACUACAAUUUAGCAGCUUUGCUUAAGUUAUAAAACUGUAGUUUUGUGAUUAAUUAUGAAUGUCUAGCAAGUGGGGCAAUAUAUAAGUUAAUUUAUAAUUUUUAGUCUGCUACACCCACUUGCGCCUUAGCCAAUAACAUUUUUGUUGUAUACAUUACGUUUGAACUCCGCAUUUGCAAUGACAUUUAAACAAAAUAAAUGAUUUAAAACUUGAAAUUGUUACAAUGUCUUUGAAUACCGAAGGAUACACUUAAUUGUUUUGAACAGUUGGAAGAAAUAUUGCGAGUUUGAACAGACUUCAGACCGAACACACAGUGCUUCUUAAGAAUGGAAGAUUAAUGUGUUUGCCUUUAUGUGUCAUCAGUGUAGUAUUAAUGUUCUCACUAUAAUGUUCUCACUGACAUAACAGUUGAUUUCCUUUUGAACGUUUCAUCUCAACUUGAUUUAUUGUAGUAGCUGAGUCAAAGCAUCCCAGAUGAUUCUCAUUCUCAACUAAAAUGGAAAGCAUCCUCUUCUUCAAAAGCCCCAUCAAACCUUUUCAUGCAAUAUAACAAGGGAAGCCAUGUAAAGACAACUUGGAACCUGGAACAUUUCGACUUCUCGUCCAAUUUGAAUUUUUUUUGAGCAAUCAAUUUGGAUUUUCAUGCUUGGAAAUCUGGAACUCAAUUUAUGGAUCGGGAAAGUGAGCGCGGGGUUACAUUUCAUGGCACUUAACCUUUCGCUUCAUUGAGUUAAUAUCUGUAAUUGUCAUGUUGAACGUUUUGAUUGGUUUAUUUUCAGCUAUAAAUAUGGCAGCGGAGCGACAACGACAGAAUAAAGCUCAAUCCCGGCCGAGCCCUCCAAGAAGGUAAAGUAACGCUAAGGGGGUAUGAAGAAGUACCAACGUUUCAGCUGCUCUGGUAAAAUUAUAUUUUUCUCAUGUCAUUUGCCACGAAGCACAUUGGCAAAAACAGCUCGUUAAGAGUUUCUCAGCGUUGUGUUCAGUUAGCGGCAACAUAUUUCAUGAAAUAAAACAAGAUUCUGAAUUUAGUUCUGUGUCUUUGUCUCCUAAAGAUGUCUGUUUCGCAAUUUCCCUGUUCUGAUUAGCCCGUACUUCAAAUUAACUAGACAAAGCCGUGAAAAUGGUGUCCCGUUCAUGUCAAAGGAAGUUGCUUAAAAGCUCUUCAGCAUAAAAUGCCACCGGUACGUGCGGCGCCAUCUUGCUUCACCGGACCAUUGAACAAAUGCUACGCCUUGCCUCACCCUUGUGCUCGGCUGUGUUGUCAGCAGCAUGGCAAUAAAGUAAACAUAAAUAUCGAUUCCUGUUUGCGAUGGGAAACAAUCGGUCUCAAUACUUUGACAGCCUGAAUUAUGGUUUGAGCACAAAUAUUUGCUUCUGCAUAGUUAAUCAAUGUUCAUAAUUGGAAAACGGUUGACUGAUACGCAAUAUCGACAUCGACAAUAUCAAAAUAUUGCUUUGAUCAGUAAUAUUCUGUUUUAGUACACGUCUUUCAUCACUUCAUUUCAAUCUAGUUAGCCCGUUUUCGAAAACAUUUGAAAGUCGUUGCCAGUUAACAAAAUUCUGUAUAGACAAUAAAGAAUAUUUUAAUGUGUGGUAAUUUUUUGUCUCAAGUGUUUCCUGUUGUGUUUUGCGUAAGCUGAUUUUCAUUGCCGAUUUGCUUGGUAGGAAGUCUUGAGAUUGCUUGAUACUCGAGUAUUAAUGCAUUUCUAGAAAUUAUUUUAAACCUCCGAAAACAGGACAUUUAAUCAAACACAUUUUUAAUAUGGAGCGUGUGUACGUUUACAUGUGAUAUCACUUCUCAAAUUCGAGCAAACCCGAUGUCUGAAUUUUAAAAAGGUUUUCAUUGCGUUAAAUAUUACGUUGAACUCCCUGGAAGUUUUUACGAAGACUUAUGUUAAUGGUAAGGACAAUUUCUCUGCUGUGACUUGGAAUUGUUAGCAUUUGAACGUCACCGCCCAUCAGUUCAUUGUGAUAAAUGUUAGUUGGUGUGUUUUUGCUGGAGUCAUGGAAUCACACUUGUGCCAAUGUCAAGGGGAAGUGAUGCGUUUUAAUUCGUGGAGUCCUUGAGAAGAGCAGGUUCACCACUUUUUUUAUUCUGUGCACAUUCUAAAUAGUUCACCAAUUCCAUUGAUUCUAAUGUUGACAUUAAAACAAACCAUUAUGUUAAAGUAACCCAAUCGUUACCUGCCACUUUUCACUAAGGCUUUGUUUGUUCUUCCAGGGAUCCGUAUGGAGGUUAUGGAGAAGGCAGGGAGCCCCGUCCUCGCUCUCGCUCGCCUAUGCACGGGCGCGACUCUCGUGCACAUAGGGGUAGCCGAGAGCACUCGCGAGAGCCUGGCCGUGAGCCUCGGCACACUCACCCUCGUGACCAUCACGAACCGCGAGACCCCAACUAUGACCGCUACCGCACAUCCGAGGGCAGGGAAAAGGAUCUCAGAGGUGAACCUCGAGGUGAACCUCGCGGAGACCCCACAUUCAGGUGACCACCGGUCUGGCAAAGGGCCAUCCUGAAGGAACAUUCUCUGCCCUGUUCCAAGCAACAUUCAUACGCAAUUGUUAACCAACGAUUGGUCACUUGUGUAUUACAGAGAGGAGGGCUAUGAUCGAUAUUACCGUGGUGGCGCAGAUGAGCACCACCGCAAGAAGGAGGACCCGUACAGGGAUCCAUGGAAUGGCCGGCGAGAACCUGAAGGUAAAGGUAGUAAUGCAAUACUCUUAAACGCAUAUAAACUGCAUCCGUUUUUGCUCAUACUGAAAGUGCGCUAUCUUGACAACUUGACUGCUGACAUGCACACUUUUUUAUGGUAUUAAGAGAUUUUGGCAAUUCAGCCUAUUUUCUACUUACCCUAGAGUCAGAUGAACUGAUGGAUACCAUUUUAUCUUGUAUUAUUUUGUAUCUGCAUGCAGUUUGAAGAAAGUUGAAUGUAGUUUCUGGAGUGAUUGCUAACUAGCUAACAAUCACUGGAAGUCUAUGGGAUCAGCUAGCUGAUUGCGUUAAUGCUAGCUGAUUUCAUCGACUUCCAGUGAUUGUGCCAAUGCUACUUAGCAAUUGCUCCAGAAAUACCUUCAACUUCCUUCAAACCGCAUGCGGAGACAUAAAAAUCUAUCCGUGACUGGGUAAGUAAACUGCUUUGCUGCCGAAGUCUCAAGCUUUCCUUUUUAACAGCAGACAAUUGAACAAAAUACUAAUAGAGACUUUCUUAUUGAACUAUCCCCUUUAACCUGUACACAAAUUGAACUGUCAGUGGUAAAAGAAGCUAAAGACUCGUCUUUUUCAGAUGACCGCGUGCGGGUAGAGGAGAGACGGCGGAACGAGCUCUACCGCCAAUACUACGAGGAGGUCCAGAGACAGUAUGACAGGGAGCGUCCAGUUGACUGCUCAGUCAUUGUCGUCAACAAGGCACAAAAGUAAGUCCAUGAUUUUAAAUCCUCCACAUUACCACUCGGAUUAAGUGUGAAUUGAGUCUGUGUAUUUGAUUGGAGAUUAUGCAUACAGCAGGGGUGGCCACAGAUGGCCCACGGGCCAAUUUAAUGUGGCCCGCCAAGGUUGUCUUUGUAAAAAAUCUAGUCAAUUUCUGAAACCAGCCCCCUUGACAAAUGAGUUGUGUACCUUUGGCAUGCAGCCUAAUUCUCACACAAGACAUUCCAUAGUAAUAAUCUUAUCAAAUGAUUGUAGCCAUCUUAUUGUAAACAUGAGUGGAUAAGCUACCUGGGCAUGUGGCGUGUUUCCUGUGGUAUCCACUUUGCCUGCUUUGUCCUUGCAGUAGGGAGUAUGCGGAGACGGUGGGGCGGAAGGUGCGUGACCUGGGUAUGGUGGUGGACCUCAUCUUCCUCAACACGGAGGUGUCCCUGACCCAGGCGCUGGAGGACGUGGGCCGGGCGCGCACCCCUUUCGCCAUAAUCAUCACUCAGCAGCACCAGGUGCACCGCUCCUGCACCGUCAACAUCCUCUUCGGCACACCCCAAGGUAGGACCACUGGCUUCUGCUGCCAGGACUGACUGGGAUGAGUCCAGCUUCUUAAUCCUGGUUCGGGGGGAAUGACGGGUGGACAUUUUUGUUCAGUGCUCAACUUGAGCUUUAAAGGGAUGUAAUAUUUGUUUAAGAUUAUUCUUUGAGACUUGGUCAAAUUCGUAUCUACCUGAAUUCCUAGCGUUGAGGCAGUAAUUAAUUUAAAUCCAAAACCCAGGGUUGUUUUUCUAACGUGUCGUAGGUAAAUGUUUUAUUGUUGCUGCUUUGCACUUGCUCUUAGCUGUAGUCACAGCCCUGCCAUUUCUUAGGCCGACAUCUUAAAUCACUAACUUAUUUUCUUCGCCCCUUUUUUAAAAACUCGUAGAACAUCGCAACAUGCCCAUGGAGGACGCCAUGGUCCUGGUGGGCCACAACUAUGACUCCUUCAAGGUGGAACAUCGCGAGAAGGAGCGUGAGGAGAUCGCUCAGAAGGCUGCCAAGAUGGCUGAUGACGUGCUGAUGAGGGAGCAUGAGAGGGAGGGUCACCCAGUCACCCUGCUUCCUGCCAUCACUCUGCUGUCUGAGGGCAGGUCAGUCAGUCUGCUUACGCACUCUCCUUAUUUCAAUACUGUGUAUAUUUUACUGUCUUAACAGCCGCUCUCUCUCUCUCCAUUUCACUUUUAUCGGUCUAAAUUUCUCCCACUUGUUUCCCUUCAUCUCUCUCUCUCGUAGACGAUGUCACUGUGCUGCUGUUGCAAAUAAUGAUGCUCUUUACAUAAAUUCCCACCCAAACCGGGAUGAGGAAUGGUGCAGCUGGGAUUGUCCCAUUGCGUUUUAAUUGUCAUAGUGGGCUUUGAAGCUGUUCAUGUGUCUGACGUGAAGUGCGCCUUCUGUCUUUGACGUCCUAGGUUCUUGACUCCAGAGGAGCUGGACAGUCUUAUAGAGUAUUUGAGGGUCAAGAGGGAACGCAUCGUAAGAGCCGACCCACUUGCGGGUAAGGCUUUCUCAAUUUUGCCCUCAAAUUGGGUUCAAAAGAGGUCCCCUAAGCCAGUGCUGGGGUUUGCUCCAUUUACAGUAGUCUGUUCUAUUCUUGAACUUGAAUUGAACUCAUAACAGCAGAACACUGACUGUUUUCUUCCUCUGCAGCAGCACAUCCUCCUGCGACGGCUGCCACCCACGAGCCUCCUCUCCAGGCCCAGACGAUGCCCUCUGCAGCCCAUUCCAGUCACGGCGCUCAUCCUGCCCACGCACUACCCCCCCACAGUGCUCACUCGACCCACAUGAGCAUGCCGCCGGCCCCCAACGCCACCACCAACAACCAGCAGGAGCUGCAGGCUAAGAUCCUUAGCCUGUUCAACAGCGGUGCGGGGGCAUCGGCCUCCGCGGCCAUCCCUGCCAUGGCCCCCCAGUCCUACGGCUCCACCAUGGGCAGCCAGUCCACAGGCCUCCCCAUGUCCUCAGCCUCUCCUGUCCCUAAAAUGGCCCCCACACCUUCCCAAGUUCCCAACAUGAUGGGUGCCCGGCCCCCCAUGCGCCCGGGCCCAGUGCCCCCCGGCGCCCACCUAGGCUAUGGGUCGCCCACAGGCCGCAUGGCUGCCCCUCAGGGGGGGCAGAGACCCCCUGUCUCAGGGGGAGCAGGCAUCAACUUCGACAACCCCAGCGUCCAGAAGGCCCUGGACACGCUCAUUCAAAGCGGACCCUCUCUCAACCACCUGGUAAAUGCUGGGAAUUCUGCAUCCCCCAGACCAAGCCAUGGCAUGGGCCAGGGCAUGGGCCAAGGCAUGGGUCAGCCUCCGCCCAUGGCAAUGUACCCUCGCCAUUACUGAUGAUUCCCCUCAUAAUGUGACCACACACCCCCGAGUCUGCAAAGCAGCUUUUGUUAAAUUAAUAAUUUACCACAGUUGAAAUGUGUAGAUGUAGACUGAUAUUUUCUGUUUCUUUUUUUUUGCAUUUGUAAAUGCUUUUAGAGGACCUUUUUUACCCUAGGUAUUGUAAUGACAGACCUCGGUUAUUUGUUAAGACUAUUUGAAAGUCCAACAUUUUCGGUUGUAACCAGUCUCUCCAUUUUCUGGUUAGUGUGUGAAUUGUUGUAAAAAGUUAAUUGCAUGUCCGAAGAUAUUCAGGAUUGUGCUGAAACUUGUUGUUCUCGGCUCAACCACAAUGUUUGAUGGCUAGAUCUGGUGUCGGUGUGGGCCAGUUCUACACAGCAAAACUUUUAUACAACUUCCUGUGUGAUUGUACUAGCAGUGCUCCUGAAAUAAACAAUUUUUGAAUGUGACA